AUGACAACCGUUCGUGCGCAGAAUCUUCAGGAUCUGAUUUACAAACGUGGGCAAGCUGGUGUGACGAAAGCGAGUGUUACUAUAGUCUUUGAUAACUCAGACAAAGCAAAGAGUCCCAUAAAUUACCAAGAUUUCGCACAAAUAAGUGUCACUCGACAAAUUGUAUUAGGGGGAACGAGCAAGUACCUCAUCAACGGCUCUAGAACCCAGCAGCAUGUUGUCCAGACACUGUUCCAGAGCGUCCAGCUCAAUAUCAACAACCCGAAUUUCCUUAUCAUGCAAGGUCGAAUCACCAAGGUGCUGAACAUGAAGCCUACAGAAAUUCUAUCGAUGAUCGAAGAAGCUGCGGGGACCCGAAUGUUUGAGGACCGAAGAGAUAAGGCAUUAAAGACUAUGUCAAAGAAGGAUAAGAAAGUCGAGGAGAUCAACGAACUUCUAAAGGAGGAGAUUGAACCCAAGUUGGACAAACUGAAAAUGGAUAAGCGAGCAUUCUUGGACUUCCAACAGGCGCAGAGUGAUUUAGAACGAUUGACGAAGAUUGUUGAGAAAGUCAACCGCUCGGCAGCCGAUCUAGAAGCGAAGAAGCAGCGCGGGAAAGACAUAGACGAUUCCGCCAAGCGACUGAAAUUCGAAAUAGAAAAUCUCGCGGAAGACAUUAAGAGAGUCAAGCAACAGCGGGAGAGGGAGCUUAGGAAGGGAGGGAAAUUUCAGGCACUUGAAGAUGAAGUGAAGGAGAUGUCCCACGAUGCUGUUCGACUUACAACUGUGCUCGACCUGAAAUCGAGUAGUAUAAAUGAAGAGAAAAAGAAGCGGAAGGAAAUUGAGAAGAGUGUCAAGGAGAUGGAAAAAUCGUUGGCGGAUAAGACGAGAAUAUAUGAUCAGCUGAAGGAGGGGUACGAUGCAGCGAAGGCUGAAUUCGAUGCGUUGAGCGGAGAGGCUGAGAAAAAGGAGGAGCUUCUGCAGACCCUAUUAACAGGGGUGGCUUCGAAAGAAGGUCAGGAAAGCGGUUAUCAAAAUCAGUUGCAAGAAGCAAAGCUGCGAGUUAGUGCAGCGGCAACGGAGCAAGAACAAGCCAAGCUGAAGAUAUCCCAUUUUGAGAAGAGGAUUAAGGAAGAGGAGCCGAGGGCAAAGAAGGCCAAAGAACAGAACGCAACGCUUUACAAGGAGCUGGAUGGUCUACGAGCAGCUGCAAAGAAGCUCGAGGCCGACUUAAAGAAGCUUGGCUAUGAGGGUGGAAAGGAGGAAGACAUGCAUAAACAAGAAGCAACUCUGCAGACCAGGAUUAGGGAGCUUCAGGAACAAGCCGAUGGGCUAAAACGGCGAGUCGCUAAUAUUGACUUCAACUAUUCUGAUCCUACUCCGAACUUUGAUAGAUCGAAAGUUAAGGGUUUGGUCGCACAAUUGUUCACUCUUGACGAGGAUAAAGCGGAGGCGGGGACCGCCCUGGAGAUUACUGCUGGGGGAAGGUUGUACAAUGUUGUUGUCGACACACAGGUCACAGGUACCCAACUGCUGGAGAAUGGGCGGUUAAGAAAGCGGGUUACAAUCAUUCCCCUCAAUAAGAUUGCAGCAUUCAGAGCUUCUGCCGAGAAAAUUGCAACCGCCAAACGCCUCGCUCCUGGGAAAGUUCACCUGGCCCUCUCGUUGAUAGGCUAUGAUGAGGAGAUAUCCGCAGCAAUGGAGUUCGUCUUUGGAUCUACACUCAUCUGUGCGGAUUCAGAGACAGCUAAGACAGUCACCUUUGACCCCAAUGUUCGAAUGAGAUCGGUGACUCUUGAAGGUGAUGUCUAUGAUCCUUCCGGAACUCUGUCCGGGGGAUCUGCUCCGAACUCUAGUGGGGUUUUGGUCACCCUUCAGAAGCUCAAUGGCUUGAAUCGACAAAUCGAACAGCACCGCAUGGAACUACAUGAAUUGCAACAGAUAAUGGCCAGAGAGAAAAAGAAGAUGGAUAUGAUUAAGAAGGUUAAGCAAGAGCUAGACCUGAAGAACCACGAGAUCGGCCUGACAGAGGAGCAGAUUAACAGCAAUUCUUCAUCUAACAUCAUUCAAGCUGUCGAAGAAAUGAAAGAGAAUAUUGUGCAAUUGAAGAAAGAAAUCGUCGAGGCGAAGGCACGGCAAGCCCAGGCCAAAACCGAUGUGAAGAAUAUCGAGCGAGAUAUGAAUGAGUUUAAGAAUAAUAAGGGUGGAAAACUUGCUGAGCUCCGAGUUUCAGUUGAGUCUUUGAAGAAACAAGUCAGCAAACAAUCGCAGAUAAUGAAAGCCGUGCAAAAGGAGUACCAGGGCGCACAACUUGAAAGAGAACAAGCUGGAGGUGAUCUCGCAGCUUCCCGAGAGCAGCUCGAGGAGGCAGAUAUGACACUUAGAUCUAUGCAAGAUGAAGUCGCCGAACUCAAAAAAGAACAGGCCAAGAUCAAGGAUCUUCAUGAUGUAGCACUCGCCCAACUAGAAGAUGAGCGCGCUAAGCUCACAGGUUUUGACGAAGAGCUUAGAGAGCUUGAGAGUGCUACUCGCUCCAAAAACGCACGUCUCGCCGAAGAAGCAUUAGAAAAGCAGAAGCUUGGCCACGAAAUCGAAAGAUUCCACAAAGACCAGCAAACUGCCACAGAGCUGGUAGCCAGAAUGGAGCGCGAGCAUGAGUGGAUCGAAGACGAGAAGGAGCAAUUUGGCCGUCCGGGGACACCCUACGACUUCAAGGGCCAAAACAUCAGCGAGUGUCGUUCCUCGCUCAAGAAGCUCACCGAGAGGUCCCAGAACAUGAAGAAGAAGAUCAAUCCCAAGGUCAUGAACAUGAUCGACUCUGUUGAGAAGAAGGAGCAAGCUCUCAAGAAUAUGUUGCGGACCGUCAUCAAGGACAAGAAAAAGAUCGAGGAUACUAUCCUCAGUCUGGACAAGUACAAGAAGGAGGCGCUCGAGAAGACCUGGAAGAAAGUCACGGGAGACUUUGGCCAGAUAUUCGCAGAACUUCUGCCAGGCAGUUUCGCAAAAUUGGAACCGCCGGAGGGAAAAGAUGUCUCUGCCGGUCUCGAAGUCAAGGUGUCUCUCGGAAAGGUCUGGAAACAGAGCUUGACGGAAUUAAGUGGAGGACAACGAUCCCUAAUAGCCCUUUCCCUGAUCAUGGCUCUUCUCCAAUUCAAGCCAGCUCCCAUGUAUAUCCUCGACGAAGUGGACGCAGCGCUGGACCUCUCGCACACUCAGAACAUAGGAAGACUGAUCAAGACGCGCUUCAAAGGGUCGCAAUUCAUUGUGGUCAGCUUGAAGGAUGGCAUGUUCCAGAAUGCGAAUCGCGUGUUUAGGACCAGGUUCGUUGAUGGGACUUCGGUCGUCCAGACUAUGUAG